GUUUUCUUUUUCAAUUCUAUUCAGCAUGUGGAAUUUGGCACAAUCGGGAACAUUUUCUGGUUGUUUCUACAUCAACAAUAACACCGAGUUGGUGUCAUUUUUUUGCAAAGAAUCAACGGGAAAUUAUCCGAAAGUUUCCAAUUGUUUUUCGAAAUUUUUUGAUCACCCUUCACGGGAUGAAAACCGAUCUGCUCUAAAAUUGGUGAAAAUAAGUGAGUGUAAAGGUUCAGAUUUGAAUAGAAAGCUAUAUAGAACAUUUACAAACCUACGCGAAUUUGAUAUUUCAUUUUAUGGAGUUCAAAGCUUAAAUUCCGAUACGCUGACCUUAAAGUAUCUGGAGAAACUGAACGCAUCGCAUAAUAAACUAACCAACAUUGGGGGAUCGAUUUUCUAUAAUUCACCUAAUGUCAUGGACGUAGAUUUUUCUUACAACAAAAUCACCAAGCUUUUUCCAAGUGAUUUUUUGCAUGCUACAAGGAUGUCGACGAUGAAUUUUUCACAUAAUGAAAUUUUCAUUUUGGGAGCGGAAACAUUUCGAAAUCUUACUGAGUUGACGACUUUGGAUUUGAGUCAUAAUUUGAUCAAAACAGUUGACGAGAGUCAGUUCAAUGACAAUUUGGUCGUUUUAAGUUUGGAAAAUAAUCCGAUUAUACGACUUGACUGUAAAAUGCUCGAGUUUUUGAUGCGAUCAGUGCAAGUUGAAUUUCCUCGGGCCAAUGUGAAGGAGAUUGAUAAAAGCUGUUUGAAAAAUUCGAUAAAGAUUGAAUUGAAUAGCAAUAAUGAUUUCGUAUUUCGCAGAAAUAAUUCUGAGCUAGCCUUCGCCAAACAAUACAUCGAAAAUUUGCAAAUUUUCAACAUCGCUGGCAAUCAACUGCAGAACACUCCGAAAAUUAUCGAACUUUUGGGAACAUCGAUCGAAACGUUGGACGUAUCGUCAAAUUUUAUAGGAAAAUUGAGCACUGAAACUUUGAAGAAGUUCGAAAAUUUGCUGUAUUUGAACCUCAGUCAAACGAAUCUUUCUAAUUUCGGAUUUAAUACUUUUUACAACCAAAGAAGACUGCUCUCUCUGGACCUCUCUUACAAUCACAUGAAAAAAGUGGAUUUUACGUUGUUUGUACGGAAUUUUAGAACACUGGAAACUUUAAAUUUGGAAGGAAACGAUUUGAACGAAGUGACCAACCUAACUCGAGUCCGUUUCCCAAAAUUGGUUUCUUUGGGCUUAUCGAAAAAUCACUUUUCGUGCCACUAUUUGGCUAAUUUCCUGCUGUCAUGGGAAAAUCUAACACUUUUUGAUAAUCCCUCCGAUCAAACUCAUAUCGACGGUGUUGACUGUUAUCACGAGGAGGAGAAUUCGAAAGAAAACCAAAGUCAUGAAGCUGCUAUGGAUAUGGAAUCAUCUGACGAAGAUGGAAAAUCUACUGAUACUGGAGUUCCUUUAGAAAAAGCUAGUACAGCUAUGGUUGAAACAGAAACAGGCGAAUAUCAAACCCAAAACUCUAAAAUGGUUGGGGAAAGUGGCUCAACGGGUUUACGGGUUGUCGAAUUGGUAUUGCUUUGUUUGUGUAUAGCGUGCUGCGGAUUUUUGGUACUGAAAAAGACCAAUGCCAUCGAAGGCAUCAGGCAAAGACUAGCAGAACGUUCGCUUGAUCAAAAUAUCGGCUAUCAACGUGAAGAACGCGGUAGUCAGGAUUUGUCUUUUAUUUAUAGUGGAAUUACAACCCUUUGAUUAGCAUAGUAUAGUUUGAAAAAAAGUAUACAAUGUCUAAAACAUUUAAAAAAUAUAAAAAAUACAAAUUUGAAUUAAAUUUUGUUUGGUUUUGAUACUAUUUUGUUGCUUGAAAAUGUACAAAUUUUCUCGAAUAAAGUCAAA